AUGACUUCAGCACGACACAUAGAGGACGUCCGCAGAUGGGCCAGCACAGAGCAACCCGUUGUACCUACUGAUCCACAAGCAGCGCCGGAUCAACUCCUAGCGACCUCCGUGGAGCCUGGAAAUGGCACCGUACACAUUGGAGAUGUUGUGCCUAACGAUGAUGGCCGGAUAGUGCUCUAUGUGUUGGUCGCUGACCAGACAAACUACAUCAACUUCAUCAAGCCCUUGAUUCUCGUGGAGGAAUUGAAGAUUCCUCACCUGCUCUCUGUCAUUGACACGAAGACUCAAUGGGCAAGGACAAUUCACCCCGAGCGCAUGGUUCCGGCUCUUUGCGACCGCGAUCCAGAGACUGGCCAACUUGUUCGUGUGUUCGAGGGGACUGCUUGUCUCCAGUAUCUCGCCGAUCGAUUCGACACCGUCGGACUGUGGACAGGCAGGACAGCAAAGGAGAGGGGUGAUGUUCUCAGCUGGACCGCGUAUCAAACUGCAGGUCUGGGAGCCACGGCCAAAUACUGGCUCUAUUUCUCGCGCGGGUACCCAACUCGAGCAAAUCCCAUUCAGCUUCCACGCACCAUUKAAAAGCUUCACGCAAACACAGUUGUGCAAUGGGACAUUUUAGAGAAGCGUCUUUCGCUUCCGGAGCAGCAAUACAUCGCCCUGCCGGAUCGGCCUACUCUGGCUGACCUCUCAUACUUUCCCUUCGCCAUGCCUUGGAUGUUCAGGCUGUUUCAGGUAGAUAUCGAGGGCUACCCGCAGAUUCAGAAAUGGGGCCAAAAGAUGAUGGAGCGGCCCGCGGUGAAGAAGGUCAUGGAAUAUGCGCCAAGGAUUGGCGGAUCAUGA